CAUGGAGCGGCGGGGGGAGGAGGUGGAGCUGGAGAAGAGCGUGCGGCGGCUGCGGGAGAAGUUCUACGGGCGGGUGAGCGUGGAGGAGGCCGUGCUGCUCAUGCGUCGCUACCACAACAACCACGCCAUGGUCUGCAAGGUCAUCGUGCUGUGCCGGGAGCAGCUGGGCGACGUGGACCCCGAGGAGCGCCGGACUCUGGAGCACGACCCUGUGGUGAAGAAAGUGGUGGAGAAACUGAAGCAAGAAGAGGAGCAACAGAAACAGAAACCCAGCCUCGACUGUGAGAGCGACAAGGACAUUGAGGCCAUAGCCCAGCAGCUGAAGGUGCUGCCCCUGACGGAGCGGAACCUGCGCAUGUUCGACCACGCCAGACGCAACCUCAUCCCCUCGGCCGAGCGCCAGUUCGCCUGCCAGGCCUGCGACAGCGCCUGGUGGCGCCGUGUGCCCGAGAGGAAGCAGGUGUCCCGGUGCCGGCUGUGUGGGAAGCGCUACGACCCGGUGCCCUACGACAAGAUGUGGGGCACGGCCGAGUUCCACUGCCCCUCCUGCAACCGCAGCUUCAGGGGCUCAGCGCAGAUGGGCAUGGCCUCUCCCUGCUUCAUCUGCAGCACCCGCGUGCUGCCCGACUGCAUCCUCUCACCGCACCAGGUUGCCGGGGCCCGGAGCCGCAACCCCCACUCCUGCUACGCUGAGGACUGCUACAACCGCCGAGAGCCCCAUGUGCCCGGCACCCACUGCGUCCACCCCCGCAGCCGCGCAAAGAACAGGCUCCCCAAGGUGCUGUUCGCCAGCCUGGAGCACCAGAGCACCGGCUCCACCGUGGCCACCUGCCUGAGCCAGGGCAGCCUGGCCCAGUGCGACCUGGACGAGCUCCUCCUUGAAGACCUGGCGGAAGAGAGCGAGGGCUCCGAGGACUAG